AUGAGGAAACCACCGAACGAGGGAAGAAAACUGGGAAAGGCCGUAGCCAAGGAAAACUUUCCUUCCAAGGUUUGUGUCGUGUGCCACCGACCGUUUACAUGGCGGAAAAAGUGGGAACGAGCGUGGGAUGAAGUCACCACCUGCAGCAAGAGUUGCAAUGCCCAACGCAAAUCGGGACAACCAAAGGAAGCGGCACAAAAGAUGGUCGAGGCGGCGGGCGUAUUGGUUGCAAGUGACGACGAAUAUGGUGCUGGCAGCUCAUCCGAGCAAAACACACAACAACAAGAUCCAGUGUUAUCGACCAAACAAAUGCAACGGAAACAACACAAAUAA